AUGGGGCAACUUCCAUCACAGGACAUCAUGGCAUUGCUUGAAUUCAAGAAAGGCAUCAAACAUGACCCUACAGGGUUUGUCCUUAAUUCAUGGAACGAUGAGUCUAUUGACUUCAAUGGUUGUCCUUCUUCAUGGAAUGGUAUUGUCUGCAAUGGCGGUAAUGUGGCUGGUGUUGUUUUGGAUAAUUUGGGUUUGACUGCUGAUGCUGAUUUCAGUCUGUUCUCCAACUUGACAAAGCUUGUCAAGCUAUCUAUGUCAAACAAUUCCCUUUCUGGUGUGUUGCCAAAUGAUUUAGGCAGUUUCAAAAGCCUCCAGUUCCUGGAUUUAUCAGAUAAUCUGUUCUCUUCUUCAUUGCCUAAAGAGAUUGGUAGAUCAGUAAGCUUGAGGAAUCUUUCUUUAUCUGGUAACAACUUUUCUGGUGAGAUUCCAGAGUCUAUGGGUGGUUUGAUUUCACUUCAGUCGUUGGAUAUGAGUAGCAACUCCUUAUCUGGACCUUUGCCAAAGUCCUUGACAAGGCUGAACGAUCUGCUGUACUUGAAUCUGUCUUCUAAUGGAUUCACGGGGAAAAUGCCAAGGGGCUUUGAGUUGAUUUCAAGUCUUGAAGUGCUUGAUUUGCAUGGUAAUUCAAUUGAUGGUAAUCUUGAUGGGGAGUUUUUCCUUUUAACGAAUGCGAGCUAUGUCGAUAUCAGUGGAAACAGAUUGGUGACGACGUCUGGGAAACUGUUACCUGGUGUUUCUGAGAGUAUCAAGCACUUGAAUCUCAGCCAUAAUCAGCUUGAAGGUUCAUUGACUAGUGGGUUUCAGUUGUUUCAGAACUUAAAAGUCUUGGAUCUUAGCUACAACAUGUUAUCUGGAGAAUUACCAGGUUUCAAUUAUGUCUAUGAUCUUGAAGUUCUCAAGCUUAGCAACAACAGAUUCUCAGGUUCCCUUCCCAAUAAUUUGUUAAAAGGUGACUCUUUGCUUUUAACAACGCUGGAUUUAAGUGGCAACAAUCUCUCAGGGCCAGUAAGUUCUAUCAUGUCAACUACUCUUCACACCCUUGAUCUUUCUUCAAAUUCACUGACCGGGGAGCUUCCUCUCUUGACUGGGGGAUGUGUUUUACUCGAUCUCUCAAACAACCAGUUUGAAGGAAAUCUGACAAGAUGGUCAAAAUGGGAGAAUAUAGAGUACCUUGAUCUAAGCCAGAACCAUUUCACUGGGUCGUUCCCAGACGCAACUCCCCAGCUUCUGCGAGCAAAUCAUCUUAAUCUUUCCUACAAUAAGCUCACAGGCUCACUUCCAGAACGGAUUCCAACUCACUAUCCGAAGCUUCGGGUACUUGAUAUAAGUUCUAACAGCUUAGAAGGGCCAAUUCCAGGUGCGUUACUAUCCAUGCCCACUUUGGAGGAAAUCCACCUUCAAAACAAUGGCAUGACAGGUAACAUCGGACCCCUGCCUUCUUCUGGUUCCAGAAUCCGUCUUCUUGAUCUUUCUCACAACCGGUUUGACGGGGAUCUUCCUGGUGUAUUCGGGUCUUUAACCAAUCUUCAAGUGCUGAAUCUCGCAGCAAAUAAUUUGUCUGGCUCUUUGCCUAGCUCCAUGAAUGACAUUGUCUCUCUAAGCUCAUUAGACGUAUCCCAGAAUCAUUUCACUGGACCACUCCCAAGCAACUUAUCUAGCAACAUUAUGGCCUUCAACGUGUCAUAUAAUGAUCUAUCAGGGACUGUGCCAGAGAAUCUGAAGAACUUCCCUCCGCCUUCCUUUUAUCCUGGAAACAGCAAGCUCGUCUUGCCUGCUGGGUCCCCUGGAUCAAGUGCAUCAGAAGCUUCCAAGAAUAAAUCCACGAACAAACUUGUUAAGGUUGUCAUAAUAGUUUCUUGCGCUGUUGCUCUAAUUAUUCUCAUCCUUGUGGCUAUCCUCCUUUUCUGCAUCUGCAAAUCAAGAAGGCGCGAAGAACGUAGUAUUACUGGUAAAGAAACUAAUAGGCGGGCUCAAACUAUCCCCUCAGGCAGCGGAGGUGGUAUGGUUGUCUCUGCUGAGGAUCUGGUUGCUUCAAGAAAAGGCUCAUCAUCCGAAAUCCUCAGUCCAGAUGAAAAACUAGCUGUUGCAACCGGCUUCUCUCCUUCUAAGACCAGCAAUUUGUCUUGGUCACCUGGCUCAGGAGAUUCAUUCCCAGCUGAUCAGCAACUAGCACGGCUUGAUGUGAGGUCACCAGAUAGACUUGUGGGAGAGCUGCAUUUUCUGGAUGAUUCAAUUAAGUUGACUCCAGAGGAAUUAUCAAGGGCACCAGCUGAAGUUCUGGGAAGAAGUAGCCACGGCACUUCUUACAGGGCAACGCUGGAUAAUGGAGUGUUUCUAACAGUGAAAUGGCUAAGAGAAGGAGUGGCAAAGCAGAGAAAGGAGUUUGCUAAAGAGGUGAAGAAAUUUUCUAACAUUAGACAUCCUAAUGUUGUGACUCUCCGAGGGUACUAUUGGGGUCCAACGCAACACGAGAAGCUUAUUCUUUCAGAUUAUAUAUCGCCUGGAAGCCUUGCCAGCUUCCUUUACGAUCGACCGGGCAGGAAAGGCCCUCCCUUAGCCUGGACCCAACGGUUGAAAAUCGCAGUUGAUGUGGCACGUGGUCUAAACUACCUCCAUUUCGACAGAGCUGUUCCACACGGUAACCUCAAGGCAACAAACAUUCUCUUAGAUGGAGCAGAGCUAAACGCGCGUGUGGCAGAUUACUGCCUCCACCGUCUCAUGACACAAGCAGGCACAGUCGAACAGAUUCUAGACGCAGGAAUCCUCGGUUACCGAGCUCCCGAGCUAGCAGCUUCAAGAAAACCAUUACCUUCUUUCAAAUCAGAUGUAUAUGCGUUUGGUGUGAUACUUCUUGAGAUCCUAACCGGAAGAUGUGCAGGAGAUGUAAUCACAGGUGAGCAAGAAGGUGUUGAUCUAACCGAUUGGGUUAGGUUACGUGUUGCAGAAGGGCGUGGUGCAGAAUGCUUUGAUUCGGUAUUGACUCAGGAGAUGGGAAGUGAUCCGGUAACAGAAAAAGGCAUGAAAGAAGUUCUUGGGAUUGCUUUGAGGUGUAUAAGAUCAGUUUCUGAGAGACCUGGUAUUAAGACCAUUUACGAAGAUCUUUCUUCUAUUUAGGAACAAUGUUUUUUUUUUUUUUUAUGUUUUGUAGGUUCCAAUAGAGUUUGGUUCCUCUGAAUGUGUUCUCCUUUGUCAAGUUCAUGUUCUGUUUCGGGAGAAACAUGUUCUUGAUUCAAGGUACUAGUGUGUUGUGUCUUCUGUUAGUUUACUUUACAUUUUCCCUGUAAAAAAACGAAAUCUGCUCAUGUCUCAUGAGUGAAUGAAAUUUCAUUUUUUCCCAUUUAUAUUCUCUCUUCUUG